AAAAAGCAAUAAUUAUAAAUCAAAUAAAUUAUUAUCUGUUGUUUCGCCCGGGUGAAUUUCCUUUCCAAAUAAAGAAUCUCAUUUGCAUUUGCUCACUAUUGCAUUUCUGGUUGAUUCUCUCUCAUUUUUCUAUAAUUUUUACGUUGUAGGUAUUGUCGAAAGAGAAGUACUUAAUUGUAAUAUUUUAAUGGAAAAAGUGUAAGUAAACCACUCUGUUAUUGAUAAGGUGAUGUGAAUACGUGUUAUUGAAUGACGCCAAAUGGUUUCGAUUUCCAAUGAUAAUCUAAUAUUUUUAUCUGAUGCUAAAAAAUGUAAAGUUCUUCCUGGGGAAGUUUUAUUAUGGUUUUACUUUAUUAUUUUUAUAAACUUCACAAAAAAGAUACAAAUCCAAAAACGUAUUACUAGACAAGCCAAUAACAUAUAUUUAAGAACUCCCAGGACUAACUAUGGAAAAAAGAAUAUUAUGUAUGAAGGUGCACAGUUUUAUAACAAAUUGCCAAAGGAUAUAAAAGAAUCGAAAUCACUUUUCACAUUUAAAAAGUUGCUAAAAAGUCACAUAUUAAAGGACCUCUCAUAAUAAUGUGUAUAAAUAUAGUAUAUAUAUAUGUAAAAUAAGUAUAAAAAGCAAAUUCUUAUAAUAUAUGUUAAAUAUUUAUACUUGCAUUUAUAUAAGUAUGUAACGUUUUACUAAUAAAUAAUAUAUUGUGAUAGGGAUAUUGAGAUUGAUAUUGAUACGUAUAAUUAUAGUGAUUUGAAUUAUGUUAUAAACUAAUUAUAGAUCACUGUUAAAUUUGCAAAAAUAUAUCACUCGUUAUAGAAAUAUGCUAUUCCGCUACAGCUUAUACACUAAUGUACACGCCUUAAUAAACAAGUGUAAGUAGUUGUCUUUAGAACACGAAUGCAGUCUACCCUCUUUGUUACUUGCUCAUUGAUUUUAAGAGUAUUUUAUGUUCAGAUGCUUGCUUCACAUAAAAAGAAAAAGAAAAAAAAAAUAAUGAAAUGUUUCGUUUAAAAGUUAAUACCGAAAUCCUAAUUUUUAGCUGCAUUGCAUUUUAUUUUGUUUAUUGUUAAGUGAUGUGUCAUCAGUGAUAGUUUAUAUAGUGCAAAUAUGUCCAGAUGGCACGAAAGAUAUGUAAAAUCUUAUUGAUUAGAUUGUGCACUGCACAUGCAAGUCCAUAUUAUGUUAGUAGAGACUUAAACAACUAUGUUAGUAAAUUUUUAAAAAAGCGGGCUAUUGUUUUGGACAUGUGUGAGCGAUCAGUGCAUUGGCGGAGAAUGGCAAUACAUCGUUGAAGAUGAGCACCAGUGACCAGAUGGCGUACCAGAAACGAGAUUAUACAAGUUAAAACAGAAUGAAUACAUUCGUCAAAAUAUCAGAGAUUCACCGGAACAUGUUUACGUAACACAACAAGAGAAAAUGGCUUUAAAAUUAGAUCAAAUACACAAAGCCGUCGCCAUGGCAUUCAUUUAUAACCUAUGUCUAAUUUGUGACGUAAGAAAUGAGAAUGUUAAACCUAAUAAUACUUUGAAUGUAGAUAGCCAUUUUAAUCAAAUGCACGCUGUAAACAAAAGAUUUAGCAAUGAAAGUUUGAUUGAUGUAAUUGAUAAAUUCUAUAAUAAUUCCAAUGAAGAAUUGAUAGAUAUAAGAAACCAAAGUGAUGUGUUUGGAAGAAUAGUUAACAUAGAAGAUAUAACAACAGAAUACGGAUUAAAUCAUACAGAAGAACCGUGCGUUGGAGAUCCAGAGUUUUGUAAUAUGACUAAAGAAGAAUAUUUAGAUAUGUUGAACGAAUAUAUAUUUCCACAUCCAUACGAGUGGGUGUUGAUAGCGACUCAUGCUAUUGUGUUCGUGAUUGGACUCAUAGGGAAUGCAUUGGUUUGUAUAGCGGUGUACAGGAACCACUCAAUGAGGACAGUGACAAAUUAUUUCAUAGUAAACUUGGCUGUGGCAGAUUUUAUGGUGAUAUUGAUAUGUCUGCCGCCAACAGUGUUGUGGGAUGUAACAGAGACAUGGUUCUUUGGAACGGCUAUGUGCAGGAUCGUCUUGUAUUUUCAGUCGGUGUCAGUGACGGUGUCAGUUCUGACGCUCACUUUCAUCUCGGUGGACCGCUGGUACGCGAUCUGCUUCCCGCUCAAGUUCAAGUCCACCACCGGCCGCGCCAAGACCGCCAUACUCAUCAUCUGGCUGCUCUCUCUGCUGUUCAGUGAGUAUCUUCUGUUCCGUGUCGUCUCGGUGGACCGCUGGUACGCGAUCUGCUUCCCGCUCAAGUUCAAGUCCACCACCGGCCGCGCCAAGACCGCCAUACUCAUCAUCUGGCUGCUCUCUCUAUUGUUCAAUGUACCAGAAUUCGUGAUGCUACAAGUGCAAAGGAAGAUGCAGCUGCGAUUCAAUGUGCAAUACUUCAUGCAGUGUGCGUCGACAUGGUCAGACGACAGUGACCUCAACUGGCACAUCAUAAAGGCGAUAUUCCUUUACACGUUCCCACUCCUACUGAUGAUGAUCGCCUACUGCCAAAUAGUGAGGGUACUAUGGAGAUCAGACAACAUUCCCGGACACACCGAGUCGCACAAGCUAUGCGCGACACCUACCGGACAGAAUAAUUGGCUGGCAGCUAACCGCAGAACGACACCUUCGAUCCACGCCAACGCUUCCACUGAGGGCCAGCUGCGAUCAAGAAGGAAGGCUGCUAAGAUGCUGGUCGCAGUGGUCGCUAUGUUCGCUGUGUGCUACUUCCCGGUCCAUCUGUUGUCUGUGUUAAGAGUGGCAUACGACGUCCAACAGAGCGACGUGAUGACGUGCAUCGCCCUCAUCUCCCACGUGAUGUGCUACGCGAAUUCGGCUGUCAACCCGCUUAUAUACAACUUCAUGAGUGGAAAAUUCCGUCGGGAAUUCCACAGGUCCUACUUCAAAUGUUUCUGUUGCUGUCUCUCUUCUCCCACCACGGACCAGAACGGGACAUCUUUCGCUCCUAUUGGCAGCUCGCGCGCAGGCACAACCAGAACAAUCGUUAGACGAAACGACUCUUGCGCAAGCUACCGACUCACUCACCUAUCACCGUCGAAUCACAACAGCAUGCAUCGGGACUACGUUCGAAAUUCAAACACAUCAUUCAUUGAACAGAUGAACGGGAACAGAAGACCGAAAAUUCGAGACGAUUCCAUCAGUGAGUCUGCCACUAGAUUCACUCUAACCUCUGAAGUAGGUAGGGAUUGACAGUUAGGUAAAAACUUUCUUGUACGCUACGACGGACGCAAAGAGGGAAUUGAAAAUUAUAUAGCGAGGAGCACAAACAGUAUCGAUUGUAAACCUUAUUACGAUUGUUUUAAAGGCGCUGGGACUAGUGGAUGUGAAUCAGGGAAAAAAGGAGACCUGGAUGAGAGGUAUAGUGACACGUAUACUGAUUACAGAGAGGAGGAGAGUAAAAAUGUCUAUGAUGUGUACGCUAAUGACGAGGCCAAAAACGGGUUUAAAUUUAAGUUUAAUCGUAGUUUAAACAGCUGUCAGAUUAAAAAUAAAAGAAAGGUGAAUACGGUGUACUAAUGUUUGUGCGUAUUGUGUAAGUCGAUAUCAAUUUAAAAUUAAAAUUUGUAUAUAAAAUGUUAUCCUCACAACAGGAAAGUCUUGCCCCAAUAAUAGCAGGGAUAUAAAAAAUGGCUAUAAUGAUAUAAAAUAUGGCGAUAAUUUACGGUGUCAUAUUUGCAUCAAGUAAAUUAUGUAUUAUUGUUUAUGAAGUUUAUUUAUUUAUUUCAGAUACAUAGUACAAGUCCCUAUUAUAUAAGAGACUUUGAUGUUAGUAAAAUUUUUAAUUCGGGUUAUUGUUUUGGUUAUGUAGCCAGGUCUUAAGUUUUUCCCUAUCCAACCUUUAAAGAUUAAAAGUAUUUUUAACUCGAAUACUGAAUAAUUUGUAUAUCUAGUCAGAAAAUGCGCAAAUCGGAUAAAACAACUCUGCUGGACGAGCCCGCUCGAGAAUGUGACCACUUCAUAAGGAUAUGGACAUCUUUCAGACACAGCCUUGGCAGCAACAGUAGUAUUCCCAGGGAGGGUGGCCGCCAGGCAAACAUUUGGUUCAUUAUUAUUUUCAAAAAUAAAUUAAAAAGCAUAUGUGACAUGUAUAACAAAUCCAUUUAAGCAGUUGGUUGUUAUAAUCACAGCUGAAUCUUGAAAAUUUUAAUGCAAUUUUUUUUACUCAAUCCGGGAUUCGUAGCGUUACAGCCCCGAAUCACACCACUGAAGAUAAAGAGCUCUGUUGGACCAAAUAUAUGUAGCAAAAAUCAUAAUAUUCUUUACCAUAGAGUAUUUCAAUAAAUUGCAGUUUUGAAAAGCCUGGAAUAGGGUAUUUAAUAAUAAAACUUUUAAAUUUUUGGCCAAUGUUAACCCAGCUUGAUCUCCUUUGUCUAUGACCUACAGUAUUUAUAAAUUUGUAUAAAUUAUUAGUUAUUAAGUGCAAGGACAUUAUGUUGACAACUUCACAAGAUCUUAUACUUUAUUUUUUUUUUUAUCUAGCCUGUAGGUAGGUGUUGUGUCCCACUGCUGGGCAAAGGCCCCCCCUUAUUUUUCCACUCAUCUCUCUCCAUAGCAAGUUCUGGCCAUCCAGGUAGAAAUUUGUCAAUAUCGUCGCAGAGGAAGAGGCUGAUCCAGAACGAGAUGGCGGGACUUUCUUUAAAUAUAUAUAAGGACAAAUAUAAAUUAUUAAAAAAAAAAUUAAUACUUUAUCAAACUUAAUACAAAAUUUAUCACAAAAAGGAACUAAUAAAAUAUAUACAGGGCGAUAUCUUAGAUUGAAAUUUGAAUGAAAUUCAAUACAAGAUUUUUUCAAACUGCACUCAAAUGGUUUCAGAUUUGAAUGACGAGAAACUUCAUUAACACUUAGGAUUAACACAUUAUACUUUCCAUUAAAACGCAGAUCAGUCCUUUUUUAUUUGGUUUCUAUAAAAAAAAUCGUAUGUAGAUUUUCUUCAGGUGUGCAACACGAACAUAACCUAUUAUGGUACGAUAUAGGCAAUAUGUGUAAAAAGCUAUAGUUUGUAAAACAGCUUGGUGCUACACACAUGAAUAUGGUACUAAUGAGACACUGCCGAGCGUAGUUUCAGCACUCCAUUGUAUUAUCGCCUUCUUGUUCCGUUGUUAGUGACGCUUGUUCAAAAUCGUGAAUUUAAAAAUGAAGUACGAAUUUUAUAUAUUUUUUUUAAAUCAUAAAAUACUGAAAACUGGGCAUAAGGAUUAUUUAUAAAUCUUGAAUCAAACAAAAUUACACCUUACGAUAGGAUCUUUUGCUUUGAUUUGACACCCAUCAGGUAGUAUCUAUCUAGUUUUUUAAAAUAAUAUAUUAGGUCCUUACAUAUGAAAUUGCCGUUUUGUUGUACUGGCCACUUUAAUCACAAAUUUCUCCUCUUUGGUUAGGAAUUCCAAAUUCAAAUUUAUACAGAUAUUUAUACAUGUAUUUGUGUUUCGUUAACCUUCAUUCAUUUGUUUUUUUCUUCUGAUUUUUCUGUUUGCGUGACUCAGUUUACCAAAUGGAAAACUUAAAAUAUCGCGUUAUUUACGAGUACGAGUUCCACCGUGGCACCAGUGCUGCGGAAACGGCUCUAAGGGUUAAUGAUGUGUAUGGCGGUCGUGUCGCAAAAUAAAACACAGUGCGUUUUUGGUUUCAACGUUUUCGUUCUGGAAAUUUCGACCUGCAGAACAAGCCGGUGGACGGUCGGAGACCCUAGUUGAUAAUGAAUUGAAGGCUAUUGUGGAAACGGAUCCAUCGCAAACCACGUCAGAGUUAGCUUCAGGCUUCGGUGUUAGUGAUAAAACUAUUUUAAUCCACUUGAAGCAAAUUGGGAAGAUUAAGGUACCUCACGAAUUGAGUGAAGCAAACCGGCAAACGCGUGUCGACUGCUGCGUUACAUUACUUAACCGGCACAAUAAUGAAGGAUUUUUAAAUGAAAUCAUUACCUGUGAUGAAAAGUGGAUUCUCUACGAUAAUCGGAAUUGCUCAUCGCAAUGGCUGGACCCUGGCCAGCCAGUCAAAUCCUGCCCCAAGUGAAAAUUGACCCAAAAAAGUUACUUGUAAGCGUUUGGUGGACUAGUGCCGGUGUCGUUCAUUACAAUUUUCUCAAAUCUGGCCAGACGAUUACGGCAGACGUCUAUUGUCAGCAAUUGCAAACUAUGAUGGAAAAGCUAGCUGCUAAACAACCGAGGCUGGUCAAUCGCUCCACGCCACUGCUGCUUCAAGACAACGCUAGACCACACACUGCACAACAGACGGCUACCAAGUUGGAGGAUUCAAUUGAAAUGUCUAAGACAUUUACCGUACUCCCCGGACCUUGCUCCUACAGAUUACCAUUUUUUUUCGAAAUUUGGAUAACUUUUUCCAAAGGAAAAAAAUUAACUCCGAUAGGGCAGUCCAAACCGCCUUCAAAGAUUUUAUUGAUUCCCGUCCGAAUGGUUUUUUUAGUAAAAGGAUCAAUGAACUACCUAUGAGAUGGCAAAAGUGCAUAGAUAAUAAUGGUUCUUACUUUGAUUAAAUAAAUAUAUUAUAUUAAAAAAUAUUCGACUUUUUGUUCCUCCUAUACCAAACGCCAAUUUCAUAUGUAAGGACCUAAAAAUAUUAUGUGUGCCCCUGAGCAUAGUUCCAGUACUCUGUUGUAUUAUCAGCUUCUUGUUUCGUUGUUAGUGACGCUACCACGCUUGUCUUACAUUGUGAAUUUAAAAAUGGAGGAGUUCGUUAAAAUUGAAAAUAAUUAUGUAUUUUACUGGCUUUUAAUAGUAAAAAAAAAGAUAAAGCUUUAUAGCAAGAACAUUAUGUAACUAUGAGAAUCACUUCGGUAUUUUUUCUUAACAUUGAAAACUACAUGAAAAUUCGUUGCGUUGUUUUAAAUUUUUAUUUAAGAAUUAAAAAGGAAUUAAAAUUAAAAAGGCUAAAAACAGGCGCAAAAAGCAACUCAAAAAUGUAGCUACAAAUACAAAAUGCAGCUAAAACUAUUCGUCACCUCUCCGUCGUUAGGGACGCUCCACUAAAAUUUUCAGUAAUUUCUGAACGACUCUCUAAAGAGGUUCUUGUUUUUGAAACGUUCUUUUGUACGGAAAAACAAACUUGGCUCGGUGAGGGUGUCGCUGCUGUAUUUAGAGUAAAAACAAGAAAACGAGAAUUUUCAAAAUCGUUCCAAUUUUGAAUGACGACGACGAAAUCUAAACGACGUAAUGGCAGGUUGAAACAUACUUUUUGUUCGUAAAAAAGAACAUUAUUUUAAAAUAUUUGCUACGAAUUCUUUGUUAAUGCAAGCAGGUUAAAAUAUAAUUUUUGUUUGAAAAAAGAAUGAUUAUUUUUUAAAACAUUAAACUACGUAACAGGAUCGCGUAGCUGAAUUGUAAGAAAGUCAAAGUAAAAAAUGUGUUUAUUUUCUCCAAAACAGUACAUGAUACAGUAAAAAACAGAUGAAUUACAGAUAAUGUUACAAAGUCUGUUUAGGACACUGGAGCCUGUGUUAGGCAAGGCCAGUGUCACAGUGCUCCAGGACUCUCCUGUAUAGUUGAGAGCGUUAUUUAUUCCUUUUUUUAUAUGUAGAAAUAUUUAGAGGAUGUUUCAAAUAAACAUGUUAAACUAGGGGGAUAAGUAAAUUUUCAGUUCAAGAGAUUGCAAAUAUAUUGAGACUGCACGUUUGCAAGAGUACGACGAAGGGUGUAAGAUUCUUAGUCGUGAAUGGAGUUUAUUAUAUAGGUAGGGACCGGAGAAACAAAAGAAAUGACGGAAAAAUUUGGUACUAAAUAAAGAUGACACGGCAUUUAAGUGGUUAUGUCUUAUUUCAUUUGGGUUGUAGGGGUAAUACCGUGUUGUUGGAGAACUCCUUUUGACCAUGUACUUUAUUGUGUACUUACAUUGUUAUAUUACUGAUAAAAAAUUAUACAUAAAUUUAUAUUUAAAAAGUGGUACGCUCUUCUGGCAUAAUAGGGACCAACACUGUUUGAAUGAGUUUCUUUCGGCAUUUGUUCUCAGCAGUGGUCGUUCCGAAAUGCUAGCAGUUUGUAGCUUUGGUAAACAUCAUUUAAUUUAGAAUAUGACGUGAAAAAGUGCCUGUGAAGGCCUAAUUUCUGAAUAAAUGAUUUGAUUUGAUUUCAUUUUGGAUAACUUUCAGAAUAUAAAGUUAACGUAGGUACUGAAAGAACUUCAACAGUUAAAAUACGUAAACAAAUUUUUAUUUUACCUCAUUCCGCAUCAAGCAAUGAAAUUUUAAUAAGAAUACAUAUUAUCAUAUGAUAGUAU